GCUCGGUUUGCCCCCCCUGUCGGCAAGACACUUGCAUGCGGCUAGCCAUUCGGAUACCGCCAACCAGACUGGACCUUGACUACCUACAACGGUAUUAAAGUUCUUGGUGUUCUAAUAUAGCUCCAUGACAUAGUAGGUAAGUAGGUCCACGGUGGACGGUGGACGGUGGUGCCGUUAAGAGGCUACCAUCACGAUCCAUCCCAUCCCGCCCUCGCGUCCAUCUUCCUCGCUUAUACAUACCCUCUCGUCUCCGGCCGCCUUCCUUGCCUACUCACAUACCUACCCGUCGUCACUCGGAAGUGUCUGUAUGCCCUACCUACCCGCAUCUUGUUCUCUGUCCAACUUACCUACGCUACCAUAGCUCACGUGCGGCUUCGAGGUGUCACCAUGGCUGAGGCCAGGAUCCCUGCUUAGCUUCAGUUCAGAUAUGCUUCAUUGCGCAUGUCCAAAGCAACCUUCAACUCUGAUGCUUCUCUCUCUAUAUAUGUAGAUUAGUCAUACCACUGCUCCGAUAUCAACUUGACAGGAGUGUGGCCUGUUGCUUGCCGUCUACAUAGUUCGCCAGCCAACAUACCAAGUACUUAGUCACGACCAUGUCUGCCCCAUCGUUUGGCUUUUCAUGGGCUCGGAGGUCUCCUUCUGUCGGUUCGCGAGCUGGUGAUGGCGAGUUCGAGCACCAAGCACGCACCGGGCCAGCCGAUUCGAGACAAUUCUCGUCUUCAUUCGGCUCCCCUACGCACAGAGAGCCUACGAGGUCUUUCAUUCCAGGCUCCGUACAGGAUCAUUUUUCUCCCAUUGACAGCGCUGGAUUUGCUCGGAGUGUUCGCGAGGACACCGCAGAACUCGCAGGAUACAUCCUAGCCAAUAAAGAAGACAAGCGCAGUGCUUCCUUCCUUGCCCAACGGCCAUCUACAUCGUCGCAGCCCAGCUGUGACCACUCAGUAAACGAAAAUCCCACUCAUAGCAGUACCGACACAAUAGAGGAGCUUUCAGAACCGCCUUCACCCGAUCAAGAGACAGAUUAUGCAGAUGAUGUUGGCCCGUCUAUGUUGACGACCAUGUUUCGACGGUCUCCUCCUGAUGCUUUUACCCCUUCUGCCUCCACAGUCGAAAACAUGCACAACGACAAUUCACGGACUCCUCGCUCCAUUAGCGCUGUGUCGUUAUACGCAGAUCCAACCGAGUCAAGCCCCAGAGUGAAUGAGAGUACCUCUGAAGUAACGCCCUUACUAGGCCCCAAAUCGCAUAGACCUUGCACUUCAGGGGACCUAGAGGAUAUAGAAAGCCAGAAGCCCCGAGCAAGGGCGAGACGUACGUGCUCGUUAAUAAAAGAAAGGGCUGGAAACCGGAUACGUGGUCUCGGCGCUAUUAUGAACCCAAGAGCGUGGGAUAAGAAGACCGCUUGGGAGAAAGCUGUAAUUGGUCCCAUGCGGUCCCUUCCAGCGGUGAUAGUAGGAUUGCUCUUGAACAUUUUAGAUGCGCUUUCAUAUGGCAUGAUCUUAUUUCCUCUUGGCAAUCCCGUUUUCGCGAAUCUAGGGCCUGCUGGGAUCUCGAUUUUCUACGUCAGCACCAUUGUUUCCCAAUUGACAUUUUCCUCGGCUAGUGCUUUCAAAGGCGGAGUUGGAUCGGAACUCAUUGAAGUGGUGCCAUUUUUCCACAACAUGGCAGCUACCAUAACCUCCAUUGUUGGCGAAGACAACCCAGAUGCUGUGAUUGCAACCACGAUUACGUCUUUCGCAAUUAGCUCUAUGUUGACGGGUGUUGUUUUCUAUAUGAUGGGGCGAUUUAAAUUAGGUUAUAUAAUCGGGUUCAUCCCUCGUCACAUUUUGAUCGGCUGUAUUGGCGGAGUGGGCUGGUUCCUUGUUGCUACAGGCUUCGAAGUGUCAGCUCGAUUAGGUGAAUUCCACUAUGACCUAGAUACAGCUCAACGGCUAUUUAAACCAGACACACUUCCUCUUUGGUUGAUUCCCCUUGUCCUUGCCGUUCUACUCUUUGGAUUGCAGCGAAAAAUCACAUCUCGCUACUUUCUACCAACGUACAUCCUCUGUAUCCCUUUCAUCUUCUACUUUAUUGUGCUAUCAUCGAACAACUUGAGUCCUGAAAAGUUGAGACAGACUGGCUGGAUAUUUGAGGCACCCGAAGCUAAACAGCCGUGGUGGUACUUCUGGACGCUUUACAAAUUUGAACUUGUACAUUGGGGUGCCAUUGUGGACACUGUAGGGGCUAUGUUCGCUCUGACAUUCUUCAGCCUGUUGCAUGUUCCUAUCAAUGUUCCUGCUCUUGCACAGAACACAGGCGAAGACAACCUGGAGCUCGAUCACGAGCUAAAGCUUCAUGGUGUUUCUAAUUUUAUUUCUGGGCUUGUUGGCAGUAUCCAAAACUACCUAGUAUUCGCAAAUACUAUUUUCUUCAUAAGAUCAGGGGGCGACAGCCGCCUUGCUGGAUUCCUUCUGGCAGGGUUGACUUUCGUGGUAAUGACAAUGGGACCAGCAACUAUUGGUUUUAUUCCUGUCAUGAUGGUGGGAACGUUGAUAUUCGUUCUCGGAUUUGAGCUGCUGCUGGACGCUUUGGUAUCCCCACGGAGAAAGCUGAAAUUAGUUGAGUAUUUAACAAUAGUAAUAAUCGUGUUAACGAUGGGAAUCUACGACUUCGUGGUUGGUAUCUUUGUUGGCAUGAUUUUGGCCUUUGUCUCCGCCAUCUUCCAUGCAUCGCAGGUAUCUGCGAUUCGAGCGAUCUAUACGGGUGAACAAGUCGGCUCCAUGGUCCGGCGGAAUCCUUCACAACAUCAUUACUUAAAAAAAGUUGGAUCCCAAACCUAUGUCAUCAAAUUGGCUGGGUUCCUAUUUUUUGGUACUAUUGUUGGCGUGGAGGAGAAAAUUCGGGAGCUUAUCGCCGACGACGCAUUCCAGCGGCGUCCAAUCAGCUACAUGAUCCUUGAUCUGAGGCAUGUUACAGGCAUUGACUUCUCAGCAGCCGAAGGCUUCAAGACGAUUAGCAGGCUUUUACAUGGGAAAGGAGUCAAUCUAAUCAUCAGUGGCAAGGAUUCUGAGAGCAGCGUCGGAUUAGAUUUGCGGGCGGUUGGCCUUGGAUCCGAUGACAUUAAUGUCAAGUUCAUGCCCGACUUGAACUCAGCGCUGGAAAGUAGCGAGAAUGAACAACUCAAAACUUUCUAUGCUAACCAAGAGGCCUUGAGAGUAACCCGACCAUCCCCAUCUAAGAAUCUUGACGUGCCAGGCAACAAUGCUGUCGCUACGGCGUUCGAAUUCCUGUCGCAGUCGCCAAGAAGGCAUCAUUUGCACGAGGCGGCGAGGAAUGUGUUGACCCAGCAAGAGAUACGACGAACGACUAGGUGGCAAAGCAUCAGCGAGCCACUUAGACUUAUGCUUCAAGUGUUUCACAACGUCAGCAAGCGGAACGAGGACUUCUGGUUCCGGGCUAAGCCAUACUUCAGCCGCAAAGAAUAUGCAGCUGGCACCGUUCUAUACCAGCGUGGAGAAAAAGCCGAUGGCUUCUACUUAUUAGAGAGAGGCGAGUUGCACUCCGAGUAUGAAACUCCGCAGGGUUACUUGUCCGAGCCUAUCGUUCAAGGUACCACAUGUGGCGAACUACCUUUCUUUUCGGAGACUACCCGUACCGCAACUGUUCGUGCCAUCAAGGAUUGUGUGGUCUGGGUUAUGGACACGGAUAGUUGGAAUCGGCUUCAGGAUGAAGAGAAGGAUGUCGCCCAGGAGUUGCUUCGCGUGUCGCUCAAACUAACUACGGAGCGAAUGAACGCUAUGACAAAUUAUAUUUCGGCCGUCGGAAAUUGAAAAAGCAGUGGUAGUGCAUUUGUUCCUCAUCUACUAGGCGAGUUAGUUAUAUAUAAAUGUUGGGAAGGUUGUCAAAAUAUUUCUUGCAUAUAUACAUAUACGGUAGCAUUUAGGAGGUAUGUGUAAGCGACGACAAAAAAAAGUUGUUAGAUAUCCGUGGCAUUGCGUUUCCAAACUGUCUUCACAAAGCGGGAAGCAACAAUUUAGGCACCUUGUUGCUAUUAUUACGGUUGGAAGGUGCAAUCCACUACUACGGCCUAAAUGUGGCCUUGAUUUCUCUUGGAGUAGAGCGUGUAUUUGUUCGUCCUGUCGAAGGUUACGGAUGUAAGGAGUAUAUGUCCUGGAGCCUGUGUAUAGUCGUGAGUGAAGCCAAAUCGCGAGAUGAAGGAGGAUUGCACAUGCCUUCAAUUGCCCACUCUGGGGGCCAAUUUGUAAAUAACAUACAUCUAAUCGUAGUCCUCUCAAAUGUAUGUGUGCAACCAGCUUGAA